GGCAGGCUGGGCUCGAAGUGGAUGGAUGUUUUCGGUCAUACAAGCUGCGCGGAUACCGGCCACUUGCUAGCGAUACACGAGGCCCAUUUCGGUUAUGUGUUCCCGGCAGCGGUCGAACAGACGCAUAAUCGCGCGUUAAAUGGACACCAAGCGCUCCGCAAUUACAUACAAAGAGGAGGUUACUUGUUGAUGAAAGCUCCGACCAUCUGCUCCCUCGUGCGCUUCCUGCUUACCAAGCGUUAAAAAGGUGAACAGCGCGGUCGGCAUUGGUUGAGCUGAAUGGGUAGCUCUACCUAUAUCCGAGUUGCUGCAUGCUGGCCGCGUCUCUGGAUUCCAUCAGUUGCGGGGGUGUUUUUCAAGGUCGCAAAGGCCGAGGAAAAGGCGCGCCAAACAGCCCGAGUCUUACAUGUGCAUCAUCCCGGCUAUCGCCAUCCAGUCUUUAUUCCAUGGGUCUUGCUCUCUGACGUGUCAUACCCUUGCUGCUCCGAAAAGGAAGACACAAAAGGAAACACAGGCUCACACGCAAUCUCUCUCGCACACACGCCGAGAAUUCGACCCAUUACUCGCGACUUUGUUUGUUAGCACCUCUACACUACUACCGACGGAAACUCUGCGACGAACCGGCCCGGAGGGAAGAGCCGCCAACGGUCAAAUAGAUACCUGAUACAUGCAUCAAACCUUAGCACUUUCCAGUAUCAUCAAGCGCGGAUCAGUGGGCUGGUUGGUCAUUCGAGUUAGCAAGCAUCCGUCUCGUACUUGAAGGACGUUUCGUUGCUGGCAUUCAGGACGCAGCCAGUCUUGGCAGUAUAGAUCUGGGUCCGUGGUAAAACGCGUUGCUGAGAGAGGUCGGUCGGUGUUUCUUUUGUUCCUUUCCGUUGACAACAAGACUCGGUUCCUGUCGGUCCAUCUCGUCACAUUGUUUCUCUGUACGCUGUGCCCCGUGUCGGGUCGCUCUGUC